UCCACCUGUGCAGGAAAACAGAUGCCAGAUCUCCCAUCUGUCCGUGUUGUUUUCACUCAGAUGUUCUAGAAAGCCGAAAGGCAUUAUGUGAGAUUGUGGGGCGGUAGGAAUAAACUCGGCAGAGUCAGCCAAGUGCUAAUACCUUAACAGUGCACACGCACUCACAGAGGCUGCAUGAGAGCGCAGGUUUAGUGAGGAUUUGCUCCGUAUUAAUCCUGACAGGGACCAAGAGAGCCAGCUGGAGAGUGCAGGAGAGAGAGCAGAGCAGAGCGGGCAUGGAACAAAAAGUAAAGUGUCUGAGCUGAAAAGCGCUGGAAGGAAGUAUGGAGCGUAGCUGUGAGAUAAAAGUUAAGUUUAGGCUCUUGUGAAGGGUCCUCAGAGCAACACGCCUUUGCUCCAGGGAAAAGUGAGGAAAGGAUACAGAGGACGGCCACAAUGAUGUCAGGCUGAGAAAGUUUCAUCACCAGAACCUCAGAGACGACAGGGCGGAGUAAAAUGGGGCACCCUAAUGUGCCGCUUUCCUAUAAACAAGCCCGAGCUCACAGGAACAAACACAUAUCCAGCCGGCUGCAGCCCUACACACCAAACGAUAAUUUGAACAAUGCACUGGGUGCGAUCAGAGUACUUGGCGUGGAGCUGAUUGAAGAUGAACUCAAACCGCAUUUGAUCACUGUGCUGGCAAACAUUAAGGAGAAAAAGAAAGGCGCUGCAGAGCAAGUUGUGAUUAGUGGGAUCCUGCCAAUCCUGGCUCUGUCUCUGAGAAGCCGAGGGCCUCUGACUUUGCUGACUGCAAAACUGGUGGCUGAGCUUGCCAAGGAAUCUGUCGUCCGUAAAGGUUUUGGGGAUGCAGGCUUGAUUACGGCCCUGCUGUCAGUCCUGACCAGCACAAAUGAAGAGCUGCUCAUUUGUGGGGCGCGAGCCGUCUCACGCAUGUCUUAUGACAGCCCUAAGCUGCAGGAAUUGUUACUGCGCCGCGGUGCGGUGCCACGCCUUGUCGCCAUCUUGCUCCGUUUCCCUGAUAAGGAGGCCCUGGAGGAGGCGUGCCUCGUGGCUCUCUGUAACCUCAGUGGCAUGGCGGUGGCGGAGGAGGCCGGCAUGAUCUGGGAAAGAGGAGUGCCCCUGAGGCUCGGGGAGUGCGUGUUUCACGGCGUGUCGCCUCACACCUGCGGCUUCGCCUCCUCUGUGACGUUGGUCCGGGUCUCUCAGUGGGGACCCGGCCAGUGCAUGGUCAGCAUCGAGGACUUCCAGCGCUGCUCCUCCUCCUUCUGGAACCUUCAUGGGAACAAACGGGCCGCGCACUGGUUCCCCUUCUUCAGCUUGGGCAACUGUUCAAACAUGUUUAAGGUGAUCAAGUUCUCUACGAGGAACAUUCCUCGGACGAAGAGCCUGAAGACUCGUGUGUUCCACACGUUCCUGUGACUGCAUGCAAACAUGGUGGCCUUAACCAAAUGGACUUCAAAACACUUCAGCUGGACUGCUGGUGAGCUGGGAGCAGCAUCCAUCCAGACAUACUUUUCUGUUACUGCUUGAAAACAGCAAACAGGAUUGCCUGAACUAAAAGGACUACAAAACACUAAAGCUACUGGUACUGGUGUGAUCCGUGUUCCUUGGAGGAGUCUUAGCGUGCUUGGUUUUGAUUGAAAGAAUGUUGAAAUUGGUACCCCUGGUAAAGGUUUGUAUAAGCACCCUGAAUAAAUGGUUGUUAUGGAGGCAGCAAUGCCUUUAUCGGGUA